CUAAAAUUCGCGACACGGUCACGUGAUCUUCAGGUACGAAAACGCAGGUGAAAAUCAAGGUGUAGUUACCUCUUUCAGUGUGGUUUCGCCUUGAUAUUUUGCGAUCGCAUGGUGUCACAAUAAGCACGAUCGUCCAAAAAUGGAUAGAAUAUUAAUUCUGGUGUUUGCGGCCGCUCUGGUGACAACAGUUGCUGCCCAGGACCCAGAAAUUGUGGACGAAAUUUGGCCAGAAGUUAAACCUGUUGGACGAACUGCUCGGCUCAACUGCACAGUGGCCAACAAACUAAGUCAUGUGGUGACAUAUGAACAUAUGGACACCAACCAGAUCAUAAGUUUAGACAAUAGCAUCGACUUGUCCUACAACCCCAUAGAGGGAGGCAAGAGGAAGUAUGAGGUGCAGACGCGGGGCCCAGAAAGCCGUAUCACGUACAUGUUGAUCAUCCGACGGCUCCGGCAGCAGGAUGCAGGGAGAUACAGAUGCUACGUGAAGAUCCAGGCACUCGCCUCCACCAAGUGGCCAAGCAAGAUAGGAUCCCUCACUGUACAGGUUGCACCAUCAAUCCGACCUGGUGAGACGACAACAGUUCUAGUUGUGGAUCCAUUCUCCAACUCCAACCUGACAUGUUCUGCGACUGGGAUCCCAGCGCCAAACAUCACCUGGACCCGCUCUGAUGGAUUCAAGCUGCCAACAGGGGGACCUCAAUUCAGGGUUAGUAGAACAUGUUCCCUUUCAACCAUGAGUUGUGAUAUGGGAAUGCUACUGCUUGUCAACAACAACAACAACAACAACAACAUAAAGCUGCCAGCAGAGCAUCUGGCAGAGGUCUUGGUGUUCCAUCCCCCAACAGUGCGGGUGGUGCAAGACUCGGUCGGACAAGCCCAGAACAGGAGGUUCUGGGCCAAGUUGGAGUGUAUAACACAAGGAUAUCCAGCGCCAACAGUAAGAUGGGAGCGGAUUGUGAACGGUGGUCGAUCGCCGAUCAAUGAUGACGACAAGUUUGACUUCAACAAGCAAACCACUGACAACCAGAACCUGAAGGCUGGUGAAGAGUGGUACACGCUCAAGGUGAAGAACGUGCAGGCCAACGACUACACCGACUACUUCUGCAUCGCCACCAACACCAAGGGGUCGAGUCAGUCCACCAUCACAAUGUUUGAAACAACAGAGUGUCAAGGUCCAAACUGUCCAUCUCUUCCGAGCUCGAAGGCCACUGAGGUCAAGGUCUCCCUCCUAGCAAUGGCUAUCACCACCCUUGUUCCAUAUGUUGUCAUUGCAUCUGACCGCAGAUAAUCAUCAGCAACUUCUGUCAGUGACAGAAUAGUUUUUAUGUGUUUUUACAUCAGUUUGACUACAUUCCAUAUAUGAUUUUGAAUAAUUUGUACAUUCCAACACAUACAAACAAGCCUGUCCAUCAAUAAGAUUUUUUCACGGGGCUAUUCACAAAGCCAUAUUUGUCCAAAUGUACCAAUAAUAUGCAGUAAUACAAGAGUGAAAUCAUAACAGCCUCAUCCUGUAAUUGUCCCAGAUUUCAACCAAUCACAUUUCUCAUCCCACAUGACUUCAUUUGUAAAAACUUACGUCAGCCAUUCAUAUCGACUGUUACCAUGGUUACAAUGACAUCUGCAUCACCAGUUCUGGCAAUGAAUGAGGACGAAUACCUACUGGCACACAAGAAUUGACAAAUUUUGAGAAUAAGGAAAUAUUUUGAAAUAUUAUCAAAUGAAAGGCAAAACAAAAAUUCUAGCUUUCCAUCAUAUAAAAUGGUGGGAGAUUUUAUAGACAUGUUUUUAUACUCUUAUCAAAAUUUCUAAAUGGGUUCUUCAAGACGCCCAAGUUUAAAGCAUCCUCUCCAAGACCCAGGUGCCCAUGGUCGCUGAUCGUCUUGAUAGUGAAAUAUGAUCAUAAUCAUAAUAAUAUACCUUACAAUCUAUCUGUCAUGUUUCAGGGCUUAAUAUAGAUGUUUUAAAGAUGCACUAGUGCAACUUGCUUUUGUCUGGUGCAACCUGCUUUUGUCCAAAGGGGCGGUGGGGUAGCCUAAUGGUUAAAGCGUUGGCUCGUCAUGCCGAAGACCCGGGUUCGAAUCCCCACAUGGGCACAAUGUGUGAAGCCCAUUUCUGGUGUCCCCCGCCGUGAUGUUGCUGGAAUAUUGCUAAAAGCAGCGUAAAACCAAACUCAGGCAGGCAGGCUGGCAGGCUUUUGUCCAGUGCAACCAGUUUUUCAUUCCCAGUUGAAUCAAGUUCUGAAUUGAGCCCUGCAUUUAGUAUGCUAUUAACCUGAGUGUGAUACAUUACUUUGUAAAUGUCAAGGCUACCGUAUAUCAUUCUGGGCCCAUGUGCACAAAACGAUCUGAGCACAACUAUCAUAAAUCUAUGUUAGUGAAUAAAUUGUCCUACCACUAACAAAGUUUUGUGCAUGUGGACCCUUUUCAUAUCAGCCAUUUAGAAGCAAUUUUACAUUGCAGAUUAUACAUACAUUGGUCCAGAGCAUAGCCUGUUUUCCUUCCCUAUUAUCAGAUACUUAAUCCUUUUUUAAUUCGCCUGGUUUAAAUAUACAAAAAUAUAAUAUUUGAAUAUGCCCACAGGUAAAAUUACAUAAAUGUAUAAGCAUUUUUGGAUUAAAAUAUUUACUUGUAUAAAGUUUUUAAUUUGUGUUCACCAGCUCUAAAAGGCAAAUAGUUCACUAUGCAAUAAUUUUAUCAUGUUGAAUUUUAUGCUUGUUUCAUUGUCAAUGUUAAGUACAUGUACUCACAAAAAAUGUUUUAAAAGAUGUUGGCUGGAAUGUUACCCAGCCUUUCCAGUCAUAUGUUUGGCUACACAAAAAUAAUUAAACCCCCCAAAAAUGUUUUGAAAUGGUUUGCAAAAUCAAUCAUGGCUUUGUCAAGGGAACUCAUUUCACUGAUAUGAAAUUAUAAAAGGGAAUAUUGUUUUAAUGCCUUUACGUUAUUAAAUGCACUUUGAGAAAAUUUGAAUUUGAGAUAAUAGAAACUUCAAGAAAAUCCCAAUUUUGAACAACAGGAAAAUUUAUUCCCCCUUUAUGACAUAUGCUGGAAUAUUGCUAAAAUCAGCGUUAAACUAAAACUCACUUACUUUGUGGAUUUGGGGCCUGGUGUUUAUCCUUUUCUGAGAAGUAUAUUUUGUAUUCUGGUCUUGCAGAUGGAUUGUGAUGUCACCUGUAAGUUGUACAUUUGUCAGCCAGUCAUUAACUAGUGAUGCAUACUCAGGAGUUUUGAUGUUACGUUUCUAAUUAAUGUAAAUACGAACCAAACAUUUGAUCAUCAUUUGUGACGAUUGUAUUUGUGCCUAACAGUUGCGCCAAUUGACAUGAUAGUGAAUAUUUUGUUUUGGAAACAUUUCCGCUUCAUUCCCUGAGAUUAUGGUAAAUGUAGUUCAGCCUCUCCAGAUAUACUGCUCAAAAGAACUAAAGCACAACCUGAUUGUAUUCCUUUUGCUAUAGGGGUGGUGGGGAGCCUAGUGCUUAAGGCGUUAAGGCACGUCACAACGAAGACCAGGGUUCGAUGUGUGGAGCCCAUUUCACGUGUCCCGCAUCGUGAUAUUGCUAGAAUAUUGCUAGAAGCAGCGUAAACCUCACUCACUCCCGUUGCUAUGGUUACACUCUAAUGCCAUGCAGAUUUACAACUGUAACAUGAAAGAAGUAAGUGUUCCUGAACUUCCUUUGAGCAGUAUAUACAAUUCACAAGCUGCCUUCCCUUGUGUACAGACCUAACUCCCGCAAAUUCCACACAAGGUUACACAGUUGCCAACCAUCCCAUCGGUUUUGGAUUUUUUACAAAUUUGCAGCAAAAAUAUGAGAGUAUUUCCUGUUUUGUUCCUAAACUCUUGCAAAUAUGAUGCUGUUCUGUGAGAAAAAAUAAAGGACUUAAUUUUCAUAAACCACAUAAAGAGGUUUUUUAUAUUACCCUAAACUCAAACAUGUUUUGUUUAUGAACUCACGUGAAGUCUAUUAUAGUACGGCUGACCAUCGAUAUAGAUCAUAGAAACUAAAUGUCAGAUAAGUAACUUCAAUCCAAAAUGACAAAAAAAGAUUUAAAGACAUGAAUUUUCUAUGUAUUUCACAUGGCUAGUGAGUGGUGACAUGUUUGGACUUGGAUUACUGACAGAACGGUCUCCUGAACAUGACUUAGAAGCAGCACAUGAAUAAAAACCUAACUUUCUCAGCCAGCCCUAAUAUACAGUGUUGCCUCUGUGCAAUCCAGACAUUGUAUUAGAGCAGCUGCUGAAACCACAGUAGAAACUAAGUCCUACAAGUGUCUACUUUGUUUGAGAAUCAUGUGGAUCAUAUUGAACAAUAUCCAGUGCUUUGUUUUCUGAUAGAAAUAAUGGAACAAAAUACUCAUUUAAUUUAGGAAAGUUGGCAGCUGUAGGGUUAAUGUUUACUUAGGCCAGACCAAUUAUAUUUCUUGUUUUAGAGAUUUUUGUCCUCAGAAAACCUAAAGGCAUGAGGUGAAUAUAUCACCAGUCAAACUAAUAUUCCUUUUAAAUCCUUAAAGUAUUUUAUUUUUGGCAAUUUAUGAAGUGUAUAUGAGCAAAAAAACAAUCUAAAAAAGACUUUUUUGAAAGUUUACAUUGUUGGCCCAUAAAAACAUUAGGAUAAUAUUUUUUGAGCAGGGAAUAGUUUUUGUUCUUAUUCUUGAAAAAAUAUGGCCGGUGGGUCUAUAAAACAAGAAAUAAAAUUGGUCUGGCCUUAACAGAUCUUAACAUCCAUAUGGAAAGUCAGGUUUGACAUAGAUCUUAUAUAGAUCUUGUAUAUAAGUAAUAUUUCAUUAUUCAUUGCGUAGUGGUACUCUGUAUAUAAACUCAGAUUAGACUUUGUAGUUUUCUUUUCUUCUCAAAUGCUAGCAGUAUUGGGUGCUAUUCCUGUUAAACUAUGCUUGUAAGUGAAAUCAGUUGAAUUAGGUAAUUUUAUACAAGAUUUUAUCAAAAUUUACAAAAAAUCAUUGCAGUAUAUGGUCAUGGAAUUAAUUAUUGCAUGUGAGUUUUUGUGUAUGAUAUGUUUUUAUAGCUUGAAACUGUAAAUAAUUUGAUUCAUUGAUUAUUACUGAUAUAUUUUGUAUAGUACAAGCAUUUUAUACAAAAUAAAACAUUUUCAGAUAAA